UUAUAUAGCGCUUUUAUUCAAAGCGCUUUACAAUUGGUGCCUCUCGUUCACCAGAGCAGUUAGGGGUUAGGUGUCUUGCUCAGGGACACUUCGACACGCCCAGGGCGGGGAUCGAACCGGCAACCCUCCGACUGCUAUACAACCGCUCUUACCUCCUGACCUAUGUCGCCCCGUACCUUUGUCUAUGGAAAGAAAGCUUAUUUAAAUAAACUUCAUGAUAAAUAAUGUGAUGGCAAAUAAUGAUUUGUAGGAUCCUACGUAGGUAAUCAUGUUCAUGUAAUCUUAAAUGUUUUCAGAAAUUAAAAAAGAAAUCAACUGCAUUAAAUUGAAUUGCGUUAUUCAGUUGGUAUGUUUUUCUUCACUUACAGGGCAAGAAAAACUAAAGUAAAGCAACAAAGAGAAGAAAUCAGACCCUGAAAUGAGCUCCCUGAAUUCCACCCUCUCUCUAAAUACUACUUUUGUGCAUCCCCCAUUCUUUUUCAUCACUGGUUUGAAUAACAUGCCCUAUGCCAAAUACUACUAUGUUUUCCUGGGCUUUGUUUUUGUGGUCUCUGUGUUGGGGAACUCAUUUGUCAUGUUUAUUAUAUACACAGAGCGCAGUUUUCACACCCCAAAGUAUUUGGCCAUUUUUAAUUUGGUCGUAGCUGACUUAGGUGAAAGCACUGCUCUUAUUCCAAAUUUAAUUGCAAUGUUUCUUUUUGAUUCACAAUACAUCUCCUUUGACGCUUGCUUGGCCAACAUGUUUUUUGUGUUUUUAUUUGUCACUUUGCAGUCUCUCACUCUUACCGUUCUGGCCUUUGAUAGAUUGGUGGCAAUAUGCUCGCCACUGAGAUACCAUGCCAUCAUCACAAUGCAAGCAAUGGCUGUGAUAUUAACUGCGGUGUGGGCAUAUGAUUCAGUAUUACUGAUUCUAAUGGUGACUUUAAUUACCAGGUUGUCUUUUUGUAAAUCCAUUGUGGUACAAAGCUACUUUUGUGAUCAUGGGUCCAUAUACACAUUGGCAUGCAAUGACAAUCUCGUAAAUUCUAUCGUGGCAAAACUUAACAUGGUAUUGCUCCUUUAUUUACCUUUGAUUUUGACUUUACUGUCAUAUGUGUUCAUUGCUGACGUACUGUUUAAAAUGGCUUCAUGGGAAGGGAGACUUAAAGCCAUUAAGACUUGUUCCGCACACCUAAUGCUUGUGGCUGUAUAUUAUCUUCCAUUAAUGGCCACCUACCUUUGUGAAAUUGCUUUUACCAUUAAUCCUAAUGCCAGGAUCAUGAAUACAUCAUUUGCAAAGGCCAUUACCCCCAUGCUAAACCCAAUCAUUUAUGUGCUGAACACUGAAGAGGUAAAGGAAUUCUCAAAAAAUAUUUUCAAAAGGAAACAAAAAAAGAAAUCAACACAAAUAUUAAAGUAG